ACCGCACCGCACCGCACCCUGUCCUUCAUCCCCACCACUUUCAGUCCUCUGAAAGGAUUGCUUGGGCAUCAGAGGAGCAGUGCAGAUUAGCUGGAAAAUCGAGUCAAAUUCUGCGGUGAGGUCUUGCUGGCUUUGUAAGGAGCCUAAUUCCACAGCCAUGUCCGAGGAGCAGACCCCCCAGUCAUCUGAAGCAGAAUGCAGCGCAAUGGAGUUCACAGAAUUUGAGGAUGAAGAACGCUGGUUUUUCGAAGAUGAUGACACUGAGAAGAAGGAGGAGGAAUCCCUGGGCCAUGCCAACUCAUCCCUUCACCUGCAAGAUAUUCUUCAAGAGAACCAAGUCAGCAGUACUGAUGAUAGUGACGCUUGCCAAGCUGGAUGUUCUGAAGAAGAUGAUGAGACCAGCCACAGUGACAGCGAUACUGACGAUAACGUGCAAGUUAUCAUUGGCGACAUAAAAACAAACCCCUCCAUGUAUAUGGAGAUGCUCACUAAUCUGAAAUCUAAAUCAAAGCAAGACAUGGAAAAAACUGCACCAGAUAACGCCAUGAACCCAACCGAUUAAACGAGGAUCAAAAACAAAUUGCCAUUACCUAUCCUCAUGCAUAAAUGAAGCUGUAAUGGCAAAACAAAAACAAACACAACACAAAACAAAAAAAAAACAACCUUGUUUUUAAAGACAACGGCAUCAUCUUUACUCACCUACCUGAAAGCAAAUCUAUACCAAACUGCUAAAACAAUUAGAAAAUACUUGAGACCAGAUGUAAAGUGGGGAAUCUCUAUUGAGUCUUGAAUGUUUUAAAGCUUGAAAUUGUUGUUCAGUUUGAAAAAAUCACCCCCAGACAAUCUAAAGCCAUCUACAUUCCAUAAUGAACCAACUAGAAGAGUUUGUUGCCGGUUGUCAAAUAAAAACGUCUGUGUUGAAACCUU